CUCUUUCACUCAAUGGCACAGAUGAAGAAUAUCGGCAUUUUCGUUCUUUUUUUUGCCUGUGGGGCAGAUUUUGUGACUGGGACAGCCAUUCAGUUGGAUGAGAUGAUAAAGUUUGGUGCCACCAACUAUGGGCUGGCCAACUUCACCAACUACGGCUGCCAUUGUGGUCCAGGGACUCAAGGUUUCCCCGUGGAUUCUAUUGACAGGUGCUGCCAUAGCCAUGACUGUUGUUAUAAUAAGGUGGAGAUGUUCGGUUGCAACCCCAAGGCCCAAACAUACAGAUUCUAUGCCAAGAGGGAUAAAAUUAAAUGUGUCAAAUCGAGGGACCGCUGCGAGACGCUCGUCUGCAAGUGUGACCAGAAAGCUGCCAGCUGCUUCCAGAAGAAUCUCUUCACAUACAACCCUCAGUUUAAGAAUCACCCAACUGCCAACUGUCGGGCACAGCGGCCAUUUUGUUGAACAAUCUUCCUAACACCAAAUGGGUGCGCCUGUCUCCCUAGUAUUGCUACCCACACUUUCAUACGCCCUUACAAAGUUUAGACAUUUAUAUA